AUGCGGUCUUCCAUCCUUGUGCUUUUGAUCAGCGCGGCUUCGGUUUUUGCCGCACCCCGUCUUGAUGAUGACACGACUUGUUUGCUCGAUGAGUCAGAGUGGUACGCUCCAGAGAAACAUGUGGUGGAAUUGCAAAAGUUCCUGGACGUGGCUUCCAGGGCUCCAAAGACCCUACAUGUUCUAGAUGUUUUUGGCGUCUCCUGCCGCAUGCAGUCAGCGUUUGAGGAGAAAGGAUUCGUAGGUUUUAGCUACGACAUCAAGCUCAGCAAGACACAUGACAUUACCAGUGAAUCGGGUUUCAAGGUGCUUCUUGAGAAGGCCGCGAGGCUCCAUCCAGAAGGGCUUAUCGCAGGGGCUCCACCAUGCAGUCUUUUUACAGCUGCUAGCAGCUCUGUGCAUAAACGCACAAAGCUGCACCCUUGUGGCAAUCUUGCCAAUUACAAGGUGAGACUGGCCCAAAGAAUAUGGGGUAGUUUCGUGAUGUUUUUGAUGCUGGUCUUGCAAAAUACCCCAACUCUGCGACUGAUGGUUGAACAGCCAUGUAGCUCGUGGGGGUUUAAACAACUGUUCUUCGUCUCCUUGAUUGGCAUUUUCAAGCUCUACAUUGUCAAAACCCACAUGGGUUUUUUCAAUCACGACUUGUGCAAGUGCAGCCACCUCUUGACGAACAUGAGGAGUUUGAGCAGUUUAACAAGGACAAUGACCAAAAAGGACAGGAAGAUGAUCCAGGAUCGCUUCGAUCGCCGGCAGCGCAGACGAUCAAAACCUAGAGUAUACCACGUGAAAGUCCACCGACCAGAUGGGUCGAUUGGCUGGCAAGGUGGACCUGAUCUGCCCCUGACAGCAACGUUCACUCGAACAUUCUGUAGGGCGGUGCGAGGCUGCUGGGAGAACAGAAACCUUGACGAGGCUGUUCCAAAGGCACCUCAUUCCAAACCAGGUGGCAGAAAGCCACCUCAUUCCAAAUCAGCUGGCAGAAAUCAGCAGAGACAGCUGCGACCAAAAAAAGUUCACAGGGGCCACAAGCUUUGUGUAGCAGUGAGAAGAUCGGCUCGCCUAGCUGCAAAAGCAGCAGAGGGAGCCUGA